AUGAAGACCACUGCUCUCUCUUUCGCUCUGCUGGCUGCCACCACCAUGGUGAGCGCCGAGAUCUCCAUUGGUGAAUGCGCUCAAAUGUGCAUCAACAACAUGAACAACAAGGCUUCCGAGUUGGGUUGCACUAGUGGUGACCUUGCUUGCCUGUGCAAGAGCGACAACUACUCUUUUGGUGUGCGCGACUGCACUGCCCAGGCUUGCCCUAACGAUGAUUCUGCUGCCGUCGUGGCUGCUGCUCUUGCUGCCUGCCCUAACGGCUCCUCUGGCAGCAGCGCUACUGGUACCAACGGUGGUGGUGCCUCCAAGACUGGUGACUCCACCUCUGCCACCGGCACUGAUGCAUCCAAGACCGGCGACUCUUCUGCUACUACCACUGGCUCUGGCGCUUCUAAGACUGGCGACUCGACUGCCACUGGCACCGACGCUUCUAAGACCGGUGACUCGACUGCCACUGGCACCGACGCCUCCAAGACCGGCGACUCCACC